UAACCAGAAUUAACACCAAUGGUCAUGGUCACUUGUUUCCAACGAAUGUAUAAAACACGUAUAUAUCGACAGUUGAAGUGUUUACCUUUCUACUGAAGUGAGAUUGAAGAUUGGACGCUAAGUAGACAGACCGUGACCGUCUAAACAGAGUAGAUAUAUGUCUACCCCAGCAAAAUAAAAUCCUGUCACUUUCCACCUCUGUUGGCGGGUGGUGUAUACAUUUCUACAAUGGUGGGGCUCAUGGAUGCAGUACUGGAACUUGUUAAGUAUACACCAGCCUUCAUACGGAGAAAUUUACUUAUAAGACGCUACACGGUCCUAUGUGUAAUUAUCGCCCUGAGUUUUGUGAGUGUGAUACUAUUAGGUAUUUUCCAAGCAAACCUAAAAACAAACAGGGAACUAAUAGAUGAUAUCCGGAUAUGGGACGAGAUCACAAAUAGAGACGGAUUCGACAAGGCACCGGUGAAAUUACGUUACAAUAGUAUCAAACGGAAUCUCAAGGAAAACAAGGACACUGUUCACAAAGGUAAGGAAGACAGCGGGCGGAACGACGUUCAACCUUCUAACAAAAAGGUAAAAAAUGAAGAUAAACUACUGUUUGAGAGCAGUCUUAAAAUGUUGCGUGACAAGAAAGGGAAGCAGUCUGAUAAAAAACUUCCUGGCAAAGAUGUGAUACUUGGUGAUGAAAACAAAGAUGUGAUACUUGGUGAUGAAAACAAAGAUGUGAUACUUGGUGAUGAAAACAAAGAUAAAGAACGGGGAAAUCCUGAUAAAGAAAUAAUUGAUGAAGUGAUUCGCAAGGACCACGAGGAAGAAAAAGAACAACAGAAUCUGAUCAAAACGCUGUCACAGUUAUUGGCAAAGCUCGAAGAUAAAGGUCUAGACAAGGAUUUAGAAAAGAAAUUAUUUGCAGGUUGGGAUGGAAAGAACAGUGAACACCUUCCUCGAUUUGAUCCAACACUGUACCCACAGACGCUGGAUAUUCCAAAACUAUUGAAUGAUGUCGUUCAAAGUGGCGCCCUCCCGAUCAUCCAAUCAAUAAAUGGAUGUAUAAGCCUAUCAUCAACCCCAGUAACGCAUGCGCUAACUCUGAUGUAGGAUCAAACGUGUUUCUACUUUUUAUCGUUAAAACAAAACCGGAAAAUUUCUUAAAAAGGAAAUCCAUACGUAAAACAUGGGGAGAUCAGGAGAGGUUUCCUAAUAUAAGAACCGUGUUUUCAAUCGGAGUUCCAAAAGCAUCACACACAAUGGUGAAAUUGAAGAGAGAAUCGAAAACGUACAAGGACAUCCUGUUAAUGGACUACAGAGACACUUACUACAAUCUGACACUGAAGACGACAAGUGGCAUCAACUGGGCGGUGGCACAUUGUAAUGUGGCAGAGUUUGUGGUGUCAGUUGAUGAUGACAUGUAUGUGGCUACAGACUUCCUAAUACAACACCUGAAGAGACUACCUCAGGGUCAGGCUGAGCGGCUCUAUCUCGGACAUGUGUACGAGGAUACAUUGCCCAUACGAAAGGAAAAUUCUAACGAAUACACUCAGAAAUGGGUUAUAGACGAGGACGAGUAUUCGUUUAGCACCUAUCCAAAUUACGUAUUCGGGGGAUUUAUAAUAUUGUCAAUGAGAACAGUAGUGGAGAUGUACACGAUAAUUCCGUACACUAAAACCAUUGUGAUGGAGGAUGUGUAUGUGGGUAUUCUAGCCAGCAGACUCGGGAUAGUGCCAAUACAUACAGAUUUGGUAGACGUUUACGUAACAUAUUCUAAUUCAGAAAAGUUUAAGACUCUCAUGGCUUCCCACUUUUACAAGUCUUCCGCUAUGCUGCGGAAGGCGUGGGAAUGUCACUUGUCUAUAGUAGAUAAAGACAUAGAGAAGGCUGUCUUCUGUACGUACCUAAAGGACGAAUUAGAGUCUGUCCGGGAACACAUAGACAACAUACUCUAUUGGAUAGAUAUGUCCAAUAAUGCUGUUUAAAAACACAAUAUUAUGUGAAAAGAUUUUUUUCUAAAUGUGUUUUUAUAUUUACGAUUUCCACCUGUACUUUUAUAUGGUUAGCUAAAUAUUGUUUUAUAAUAUAUAAUGUUCAUUCAAUGCAGUUGAAGUGUAUGGAAUGAGGUGGGGACACUUGUCUCCUGACUCGUGUAUCGUGGUAUAGAAGUGGUAACACUGUAUGUACCUGACUCAUGUAUCAUGGUGACUCAUGUAUCAUGGUGACUCAGGAAUCAUGGUGACUCUUGUAUCAUGGUGACUCGUGUAUCAUGGUGACUCGUGUAUAAUGGUGACUCGUGUAUCAUGGUGACUCGUGUAUAAUGGUGACUCGUGUAUCAUGGUGACUCGUGUAUCACGGUGACUCGGGUAUCAUGGUGACUCGUGUAUCACGGUGACUCGGGUAUCAUGGUGACUCAUGUAUAAUGGUGACUCGUGUAUCAUGGUGACUCGUGUAUAAUGGUGACUCGGGUAUAAUGGUGACUUGUGCAUCAUGGUGACUCGUGUAUCAUGGUGACUCGGGUAUAAUGGUGACUCGGGUAUAAUGGUGACUCGGGUAUAAUGGUGACUCGGGUAUCAUGGUGACUCGGGUAUCAUGGUGACUCGUGUAUCAUAGUGACUCGUGAAUCAUGGUGACCCGGGUAUCGUGGUGACUCGUGUAUCAUGGUGACUCGUGUAUCACGGUGACUCGGGUAUCAUGGUGACUCGGGUAUCAUGGUGACUCGUGUAUCAUGGUGACUCGUGUAUCACGGUGACUCGUGUAUCAUGGUGACUCGUGUAUCACGAUGACUCGUGUAUCAUGGUGACUCGUGUAUCAUGGUGACUCGUGUAUCAUGGUGACUCGUGUAUCAUGGUGACCCGGGUAUCGUGGUGACUCGGGUAUCAUGGUGACUCAUGUUUCAUGGUGACUCAUGUAUCAUGGUGACUCGUGUAUCACGGUGACUCAUGUAUCAUGGUGACUCGUGUAUCAUGGUGACUCGUGUAUCAUGGUGACUCAUGUAUCAUGGUGACUCGUGUAUCGUGGUGACCCGGGUAUCGUGGUGACUCGGAUAUCAUGGUGACUCGUGUAUCAUGGUGACUCGUGUAUCAUGGUGACCCGAGUAUCGUGGUGACUCGUGUAUCAUGGUGACUCAUGUAUAAUGGUGACUCGUGUAUCAUGGUGACUCAUGUAUAAUGGUGACUCGUGUAUCAUGGUGACUCGUGUAUCAUGGUGACUCGUGUAUCAUGGUGACUCGUGUAUCAUGGUGACUCGGGUAUCACGGUGACUCGUGUAUCACGGUGACUCGUGUAUCACGGUGACUCAUGUAUCAUGGUGACUCGGGUAUAAUGGUGACUCGUGUAUCAUGGUGACUCGUGUAUCAAGGUGACUCGUGUAUCACGGUGACUCAUGUAUCAUGGUAAAUCGGGUAUCGUGGUGACUCGUGUAUCAUGGUGACUAGUGUAUCAUGGUGACUUGUGUAUCAUGGUGACUCGUCUAUCAUGGUGACUCAUGUAUAAUGGUGACUCGUGUAUAAUGGUGACUCGUGGUGACUCGUCUAUCAUGGUGACUCGUCUAUCACGGUGACUCGUGUAUCAUGGUGACUCGUCUAUCACGGUGACUCGUGUAUCAUGGUGACUCAUGUAUCAUGGUGACUCGUGUAUCAUGGUGACUUGUGUAUCAUGGUGACUCAUGUAUCAUGGUGACUCGGGUAUCAUGGUGACUCAUGUAUCAUGGUGACUCAUGUAUCAUGGUGACUCGUGUAUCAUGGUGACUUGUGUAUCAUGGUGACUCAUGUAUCAUGGUGACUCGUGUAUCAUGGUGACUUGUGUAUCAUGGUGACUCAUGUAUCAUGGUGACUCGGGUAUCAUGGUGACUCAUGUAUCAUGGUGACUCAUGUAUCAUGGUGACUCAUGUAUCAUGGUGACUCGGGUAUCAUGGUGACUCAUGUAUCAUGGUGACUCAUGUAUCAUGGUGACUCGGGUAUCAUGGUGACUCAUGUAUCAUGGUGACUCGUGUAUCAUGGUGACUCGUGUAUCAUGGUGACUCGUCUAUCAUGGUGACUCGUCUAUCAUGGUGACUUGUGUAUCAUGGUGACUCUUCUAUCAUGGUGACUUGUGUAUCAUGGUGACUCAUGUAUCAUGGUGACUUGUGUAUCAUGGUGACUCAGGUAUCAUAGUGACUAGUGUAUCAUGGUGACUCGUGUAUCAUGGUGACUCGUGUAUCAUGGUGACUCAGGUAUCAUGGUGACUAGUGUAUCAUGGUGACUCGUGUAUAAUGGUGACUCGUGUAUCAUGGUGACUCAGGUAUCAUGGUGACUCGUGUAUCAUGGUGACUCGUGUAUCAUGGUGACUAGUGUAUCAUGGUGACUCGUGUAUCAUGGUGACUCGUGUAUCAUGGUGACUCGUGUAUCAUGGUGACUCGUCUAUCAUGGUGACUCGUCUAUCAUGGUGACUAGUGUAUCGUGGUGACUCGUGUAUCAUGGUGACCCGGGUAUCAUGGUGACUCGGGUAUCAUGGUGACUCGGGUAUCAUGGUGACUCGUGUAUCAUGGUGACUCAUGCAUUAUGGUGACUCGUGUAUCACGGUGACUCGGGUAUAAUGGUGACUCGUGUAUCAUGGUGACUCGUGUAUCAUGGUGACUCGUGUAUCAUGGUGACUCGUCUAUCAUGGUGACUCGUGUAUCAUGGUGACUCGUGUAUCAUGGUGACUAGUGUAUCAUGGUGACUCGUGUAUCAUGGUGACUCAUGUAUCAUGGUGACUCGUGUAUCGUGGUGACUCGUGUAUCAUGAUGACUCGUGUAUCAUGAUGACUCGUGUAUCUUGGUGACUCUUGUAUAAUGGUGACUCUUGUAUAAUGGUGACUCGUGUAUCAUGGUGACUCGUCUAUCAUGGUGACUCGUGUAUAAUGGUGACUCGUGUAUCAUGGUGACUCGUGUAUCGUGGUGACUCGUGUAUCAUAGUGACUCGUGUAUCACGAUGACUCGUGUAUUAUGGUGACUCAUGUAUCAUGGUGACUCGUCUAUCAUGGUGACUCGUCUAUCAUGGUGACUCAUGUAUCAUGGUGACUCGUGUAUCAUGGUGACUCGGGUAUCAUGGUGACUCAGGUAUCAUAGUGACUCGUGUAUCAUGGUGACUCGGGUAUCAUGGUGACUCAUGUAUCAUGGUGACUCGGGUAUCAUGGUGACUCGUGUAUCAUGGUGACUCAUGUAUCAUGGUGACUCGUGUAUCAUGGCGACUCGUGUAUCAUGGUGACUCGUGUAUCAUGGUGACUCGUGUAUCAUGGUGACUCGGGUAUCAUGGUGACUCAUGUAUCAUGGUGACUCGUGUAUCAUGGUGACUCAUGUAUCAUGGUGACUCAUGUAUCAUGGUGACUCGGGUAUCAUGGUGACUCGUGUAUCAUGGUGACUCAUGUAUCAUGGUGACUCAUGUAUCAAGGUGACUCAUGUAUCAUGGUGACUCAUGUAUCGUGGUGACUCAUGUAUCGUGGUGACUCAUGUAUCGUGGUGACUCGGGUAUCAUGGUGACUCAUGUAUCAUGGUGACUCAUGUAUCAUGGUGACUCAUGUAUCAUGGUGACUAAUGUAUCAUGGUGACUCGGGUAUCAUGGUGACUCAUGUAUCAUGGUGACUCAUGUAUCGUGGUGACUCAUGUAUCGUGGUGACUCGGGUAUCGUGGUGACUCAUGUAUCAUGGUGACUCAUGUAUCAUGGUGACUCAUGUAUCAUGGUGACUCGGGUAUCAUGGUGACUCAUGUAUCAUGGUGACUCAUGUAUCAUGGUGACUCGUGUAUCAUGGUGACUCGGGUAUCAUGGUGGUUCGUGUAUCAUGGUGACUCGGGUAUCAUGGUGACUCGGGUAUCAUGGUGAGUCGGGUAUCAUGGUGACUCGUGUAUCAUGGUAUAGAAGUGGUCUUUUCUUUCAUGUCUUAUAUUUUUCUGUUACCUUAGAAUGCUAACCCGUUGUUUGUAUGAUCGUUACGUAACAAAGCGAACCCGUUGUUUUAUAGUCCUUAUGUUUUUAAAGUUCUUAUGUGACGAUACCAACCCAUUGUUUUUUAUCGUAGUUUCUAUUGUAUUCAUUACAAGCAUCCACGGUUGACUUGCGCCGUCUUUGCCGUAAGACAAUACCAUUAGUCGUGUAUUUUGUUUAUGUUUCCAAAUAUAAAAUUGUAGAGCAUUACAUCUUUAUCUUCGAUAUUCUUAAUAUUUCAAAUCUAAAUUAUGUAAAAACAUAUUUAAAUAUCAAAAUAUUUCUAUCAAUGCUUAAAAGACAUGACGUCGACAUUUGUAACGUCGCUUCUUAUUGGCUGAUGUAACGGAGUAAUAAUCUAGAAGAGAAAAGUGACCAUCAAUAAAAGAGUAGUAGAUUAAAACAUAAGGAUUAACUUGAAUGUAUCGUUCAUAUUGUGGAGCCAUAUCAUAAAUAACUGGAGUGUACUCUUAUCAUCAACCGUCAGUUAUUUAGAGGACACUCCGGGUUUGUUUCUUUUUUCAUCUUUUUUUUUUAUUUUUUUAUUUUUUUCUCUCCAUAACACAAAAAUGUAUUCAAGUUUACCCUUCAAUAUAUAACAGUGA